AUCUUGAUUAUGAAAUUGAGGAAUUUCAAUAUUAUACGUGGCAAAUCACAGGUUGGAAAGAUUUAGAACCAAGGACAACAAGUCCCGAAUUUGAAGUUGGAAAUUGGAAAUGGCGAAUUUUACUUUUUCCUUCUGGAAAUAAUAAUACAGAUUGUGUUUCAAUUUAUCUGGAUUUUGUUGAUCUAGAAGAAAUACCUGACGAUUGGUAUUGCUGUGUGCAAUUUGCUUUAUACUUAUGGAAUCCAUAUGAUCAAACAUCAUAUGUUUCUCAUA